GGCAGCCUGGGCUGGCUGCAGAGCUCAGGCCACUCCGGGCCAGAUGCCGGCUGCCUGCCACUCCUGUUGUGCCUCUCAUGGCCCGCUCCGGGAAUGCCACACCACCUGCCCGGGCCCCAGGAGCCCCUCCACAGAGCCCACCCUGGGAGCUUGUGCAGGAUAUCAAUGGGGCCCCCAGAGAGCUGCGCCCUCGGCUCUGCCACCUGCGAAAGGGACCCCAGGGCUAUGGGUUUAACCUGCACAGUGACAAGUCCCGGCCUGGUCAAUACAUUCGCUCUGUGGACCCAGGCUCACCUGCUGCCCACUCUGGCCUCCAUGCCCAGGACCGGCUCAUUGAGGUGAACGGGCAGAAUGUGGAGGGGCUGCGCCAUGCUGAGGUUGUUGCCCGCAUCAAGGCACGGGAGGAUGAGGCCCGGCUACUGGUGGUGGACCCUGAGACAGAUGAACACUUCAAGCGUCUGCGGGUGACACCCACUGAGGAGCAUGUGGAAGGUCCACUGCCAUCACCAGUCACCAACGGGACCAGCCCUGCCCAGCUCAAUGGUGGCUCAGUAUGCUCAUCUCGAAGCGACCUGCCAGGCUCGGACAAGGACACUGAGGACGGCACUUCCUGGAAGCGGGACCCCUUCCAAGAGAGUGGCCUCCACCUGAGCCCUACAGCAGCCGAGGCCAAGGAGAAGGCUCGAGCCACACGUGUCAACAAGCGGGCACCGCAAAUGGACUGGAACCGGAAACGUGAGAUCUUCAGCAACUUCUGAGCCCCUUCCUGCCUAUUUGGCCCCUGGGCCUCAGGCCCCAUCCAGAGCUCCCCAGGCCUCAGUGGACUGGAGGGUGGUUUCACCACCUCCAGAAACCAACCUGUGCCCCAGUGAGUCCCUUCCUGCCCACUCCCCACCAGGUGCUGGGUCCUGCUGCAGCAAUAUGGG